AUGGACAAACCAGUUGGCACUCUAGAAGUAUUAGCAGACCCUAAUGGUGGUUCACCACCAUUAGAUUUCGAAGACUUUAAAGACCAAAUAGAUACUCAUGGAGGUUAUGUUUUAUCAUUAGCAUUAUCAAUUGAUGACUUUUAUGAUGAACUUGAUAGAGAAGAAGCAAUGAGUGAGCAGUUUGCAGAAAGCAUCAAGCAAAAGAUUGAAAAUGAUGAUGAUAACCUGACUUGUAGUGAAGAACAGAAGGACUUCUUAAGAACCUUUGUAGUAUCCACUUUAAUCCCAGAUUUGAGAGCCAGGUAUGAUGAAAUGGAAACAGAGGACCCAUAUCUUGAGGAAGGACGCUCUUUCCUAGGAAAAGCUCAUGAUGAUUAUCUGCUACAAGCAGUAUAUUUCAUUCACAAGAUUUGCAAAAGGGAGAAAGAUUCUGGUGGCCAGACAUUGAACAUGAUAUUACGUGAUAAUGGUGCUGUAUUUCUUGCAGCUAACCUUGCUAAAUGGUAUUGGUUCUUUUGGCAGGUACUAUGGGCAGAUAGAAUCACGGUUAGAAAGUGUUUUGGUUGCUUGCCGUUUUUCAUGGUUACUGGUGCACAUCCACUGAUUCCACUCAACGUGCAAGAAGCUACAUGGCCCGAUGAUUAUAAUCAGGCGUUCCAAGGGAGAAUUAUUCCUUACUUUGCAAGGACUAAGAUAAUGCUUCCCAAUGAUAUUUAUGAAAUCAUAGACCUCAACAAGGAAAGCUUAGACAAAUUAGAUGAAGAAGGACUUGAAGAUCGUGUUGAUUCGAAUGACUAUUACUUCAAACAUGUAAAUCUGGACCAAAGCGUUCAAGAUGAUGUCGGUGGAAUGGAAGCAGAUGAUGAUGACGAUUAG